AACACAGCCGUAGAGCAAGCUCUGAACCUAAUGGCAGGUACUGGCUCCCUAGGAAGAAACUCUGGGAACUGUUGCUCAGCACACGGAGACAGGGAAGGGUUGGGGAAAAGGCCUGAAGAAAGGUUAAUGGCAGGCAGUGGCAAAAUGUCUGCUGAAGCAGACUUCAGCUGCCAUCCUAGGGUCCCUGGAGUGGAUCCCAGUGUAGGCAGUAGACCUGGGGUUUUCUGUCAGCGGCUUGGUGGGAAGCCCCUGAUAAGGACAGAUAACACUCUGAGAAAAGGUGAGGCUCACAGAGCCCAGAGCUGAGGGCUGAAGAUGAGAUACAAGGAGUGGGGUGAUUGUUUGCUGGACUCUUUGUUACCCUGGAAGAGGUGGGAUUCAAAUGUGACUUGGCUGGGGGUCUGGAGUCACAGGAAGAGUCAGACUGUGGCAGGAUCAGAGUGGCUGCUGGGAGGGGCACAGGAGAUAGACCCUGCUACCCCAUGCCUAGCUGCGAGGGGCCAAGCCACCGAGAUCUGGAAACUGAGGUAAAGAGAGGUUAAGGAACUGACCCAAGGUCCUACAGCUCUGCAGCAGAAUUCCUGCCUCACGCAGAAUGUCCCAGACCCCACAGCCUCUCCUCCUGUGUACCACCUAUGGAGCUACCGACCCAGGACAGCAAAUACACAGACUCAGUUUCCACUGCCAAGAAGGAGAGAUUAUCUACAUUCACCAGGGGCCUGUUUCUCCUGUUCGGCACCAGUGUCAAUCAGGAGUGACUCCACUCACGUCAGUGCUGAUGUACCACAGGGAGAUCAGGUGCAGGCUCAAAUACCCCAAGGACCUGAUUUUAAACAGGUGCUGGCCAGCUACAACUCCAUUUGAUCUCCAGAGGGCAUUGCAAAUGCUCAACUCCACGGAAAGCUGGGCCUUAGAGCUUUCACGCACUUCUGAAGAGUGAAUCCUGCUGUCAAGGGAGUAACUGAAACCCAUUCAGCACAGAGCCCAGUAAUAAAGGAGGAUGAAUUGGGGCUGUAAUUUCCAUCUGACACUCAAAUUUAUAUUCUGAGCAGCUUUUCAUCUUCUCCCUGCAUGUGCAGGAUGAAUCUUGUUAAGAUGACAAUAAACGAAGGUUUUACACCAUUCACUGAAGGAAACAGCCCCUGGAGUCGUCAUCAAACCUGAGAAACGCACCUGGCUAGAGCAAGAUGAACAUAAGAGACACAGCCUCAGGACAGGUAUUCAGAAUGAAUCUGGAAAAGCUCAGCAAACCAGAACUACUGACACUAUUUAGUAUUCUUGAAGGAGAACUAGAAGCAAGAGAUCUUGUCAUAGACGCCUUAAAGGCCCAGCACAGAAACACUUUCAUUGAAGAACGCUAUGGAAAAUACAACAUCAGUGACCCAUUAAUGGCUCUGCAGAGAGAUUUUGAGAUGCUGAAGGUGGGAAAUCAUGGCGAAAAGCAACCAGUUUGCUCCAAUCCUUUGUCUAUCCUUAAAGUAGUGAUGAAACAUUGCAAAAAUAUGCAGGAAAGAAUGCUCUCUCAACUAGCUGCUGCAGAAAGCAGGCAUAGAAAGGUGAUACUGGAUCUUGAGGAAGAGAGGCAGCGGCAUGCCCAGGACACUGCUGAAGGAGAUGAUGUCACCUACAUGUUGGAGAAGGAGCGGGAGCGGCUGACUCAGCAGCUGGAAUUUGAAAGGACCCAAGUGAAAAAAUUUGAAAAAGAGCAGAAGAAGCUGUCGAGCCAGUUGGAGGAAGAGAGGGCACGCCACAAGCAGCUGUCCUCCAUGCUUGUGCUGGAGUGCAAGAAAGCCACAGCCAAGGUAGUGGAAGAGGGACAGAAGGCAGGGGAGCUGAGCUUGAAACUGGAGAAAGAGAGGAGCAAAGUGAGCAAGCUAGAGGAGGAGCUGGCCUCCAAGAAGAAGCGGGGUUUGCAGAUGGAGGCACAGGUGGAAAAGCAGCUCUCUGAGUUCGACAUCGAAAGAGAACAGCUGAGAGCCAAGCUGAAUCGAGAAGAGAACCGGACAAAGGCACUCAAGGAAGAGUUGGAGAGCCUGAAGAAAGCCCUGAAAGAACUGGAGGUUCCUUGCCAGGGCACCAGCCCUGCUGAGCACUCAGCGCAAAACCCCUCAGCAAUGUCCAGAGCUGUAGCAACAGAGAGCCCACUGGUGAGGUCUGUGUCUUGCCAGACAGAAAGCUCCCAGGCAGACAGAAUCAAUCUGGGCAGUGCGGACAUAACUGCACACAUGGCCUUGCCCAGCCCUGCCACACCUACCCAUCCCUAUGCUAAAGCAAAUGGGCACUGUGACACAGACAUGCAAACAAGCGGUGAGCUAGAGCCGACAGACAUAGCAGAGAACCAGGCACCACUGAGAGAGAAGCCCGUUGGGCCCAUCCCAGAAAGUGCAGUGGAGAAUGGAAGUUCCCCUGUAAGAACAGAAUCUCCUGUGUAUAUGAUCCCACAGCUUCCUUCUGGUGGGACGUCUCUCUCUCCCAGCAGCACAGCUGCCUCAUCUCUGACAUCUUCUCCAUGCUCGUCCCCAGUUCUGACUAAACGUUUGGUAGGAGCUUCAGGAAACAGCCCUGGUUACCAGUCGUCCUAUCAGGUGGGGAUCAACCAACGUUUCCAUGCUGCCAGGCACAAAUUUCAGUCCCAAGCUGAUCAGGACCAUCAGUCGAGUGGCCUGCAGAGCCCGCCGUCGAGGGAUUUGUCCCCUACCCUUGCAGACAACUCCGCUGCCAAACAGCUAGCCCGCAACACAGUCACUCAGGUGCUUUCCAGAUUCACCAGUCAGCAAGGACCUAUGAAGCCAGUCUCUGCGAAUAGUUCGCCCUUUGGCACAGACUAUCGGAAUCUGGCAAACACGGGGAGUCCAAAAAGCGAGUCCAGCCCGGGCAAAGUUUCUAGCCCGCUGAGCCCAUUGUCUCCUGGAAUUAAAUCCCCAACAAUCCCUCGAGCAGAAAGGGGGAACCCUCCACCUAUUCCUCCAAAGAAACCUGGCCUGGCUCAGUCCCCGGCAACUCCUACCCCACUAACCAAAACCCCUUCCCAGGCAUCCUCGGUUGGUGCUACCAUGGACUUGGCAAGUAGCUGCUCUAACAAUGCUGUAGUAGCGAACGGUAAAGACAUUGAGAUACUGUUGCCAACGAAGAGCUAGUCUUUAGAAAACGUGAACGUAGCAUUCCAUGGCUUAGCUUCCUGGAGCUGAGACACUGGUUUAUCCACUCCGUGUUAUUUAUUUGGGCAGUAGCAGAAUGUGUCUGUAGAAUACAUCUAGCGUACUUUCUUUUUAAAAAAUAGGUAGGAAAUAAUUUUUGUUGAUGUAUAAACCUUAACUAUAGAGCUCUAAGGUAGCCUCUUAAAGGUGUCUCAUGCCAGCAGUCAAAUGAAACGAGGAGGGAAGAAAACUGUGCUGAGAGCAAACUAUAAUGGGGCUGAAGCAUUCAUUUUAAAUUGUGCAGAAAUCACUUGUGCAGAUUUUUAUUCCAGAUGAACACUGUAUAAAAAGUGCCUGAACUAAGCCUAAGAUAUGAAUGUGGUUUUCUGUACAAAACAAAAAAGGGACCAUCUAACAGCAGAAAUAACAGCUCUUCUGUGAAUCAUGGAUGUUUAAAUCACUGUUUUUUAAUCCUUCCCAACUGUUCUUAAAUCAAGUUUGUAAAUAACAUGCUACAGAAUGAACAUCUUUCAAAAGGUGACCACAGAGUGGCCCCAGUUUUGCCUUGUCAUGUUAGGCUGUAUCUCCUGUUGACAGCAGAGGAGAUGCACGAGUGCAUUAGGGUAGAUUUUGGUCCUACUGUUUAGCUCUGUGCAGCCCAAUCCCCUUUCUUUUCCAUUGGAGUUGUCCAAAAACAGUGGCAGCAUUAAACAGUCAGGGUGCUAGUUUCUUGCAGUUCAUUAAUUUCCCACAUAGUCUCACUGUAGGUUAAAUUGCUAAAGAUUCAUUCCUGGUGCUUCACCUUUGAUUUUAAACUUCUUCAAGCAAUCUACUGGUAUGUCAGGUUUCAGAGUAGCAGCUGUGUUAGUCUGUAUUCACAAAAAGAAAAGGAGGACUUGUGGCACCUUAGAGACUAACCAAUUUAUUUGAGCAUAAGCUUUUGUGAGCUACAGCUCACUUCGUCGGAUGGUAUGUGUAGAACUUGUGAGAUAAGGAUAAGGAUCUUGCUAUUACUUGAAAAGAGAAAUUGCUAGUCAUUCUAUACAGUAAGAUGGGAUCUUUACUAAUAAUCAAAAGCAAUAACUUAAAUUGCUCACUUUGUAACAAUACUGUAUGUCAGACUGACAGACUUUACUGAUCAGUUUGCUAAAGGAUCCUGCUAGCCUCAUUGGCUGCAGCUGUGGAACCAAAUUAACUCUUUUAUAUAGAUACGCAUAUAUGUAUAGAUAGAUGCACCGAUGUACAUGUUACACACAAUGCAUAUAUAAAUCUUAGUGUGGUUAUGUUAUUGAAGUUCUCCAUAAUUCAUAAAGAAAAGGUAGAAAUACACUUAAGAUUAUAAAACAAGACAGCAGGGGGGUUUUUAAAUUAGAAAACAAUCUGCCUAACUUUUGGAGGAAGACGUUAAGUUCAAUUUGUAACAAACAUUCAAUAAUUUUUGCCUGUGCUGUGAAGUGAAUGGCAAACUUAUGCUACUCACCUUCAAAUAGGACAGCAUAAUCUAGUGUGUGAAGAUACUACAGUAAUACACUAAAUGUAACAAGAUAGAACAGAUCAGGGUUAGUCUGGAGACUGGAAUCUAGCCCGAAUGAGUGUGUAUCCCAAAUGCUAAGUGGCACAGAUUGUAAGACUCUGAUCCGAAACUUAGAGAUCAGUUUUGCUGCUUGAUGUUGGGCCAUUUUUAACCAUUCUGCCUAUAGCAACAUGGGGCCCACAUCUGGAGAAGAGUUUCCCACAGUUGGGUGCUUGCUCCUCUGUUUUAGUUAUUCAGCACAUAACUGAACAAAGCACUUGAUACUUUAUUGUAAGAAAGAUUCCUGCAGUGGUUGGAAAGAUGCACUCUUAUAUAUGCUAAUAGGUCUCUUCCAGCUCAGAGUCUUAAUUUAUAGGACAGAAUUCUUGAACUGCUUUAGUAGAUGGUGUCCUAGCCAACCCCUUUCUCCCCCACCCUCCCAACAACAGCCAUACUGGGUCAGACCAAAGGCCCAUCUAGCCCUGUGUUCUGACAGGUGCCCCAGAGGGAAUGAACAGAACAGGUAAUCACCAAGUGGUCCAUUCCCAGCUUCUGGCAAACAGGAGGCUAGGAACACCAUCCCUGUCCAUCCUGGCUAGUAGCCGUUGAGGGACCUAUUUUCCAUGAACUUAUCUAGCUCUUUUUUGAACCCUGUUAUAGUCUUGGCCUUCACAACAUCCUCUGGCAAGGAGUUCCACAGGUUGACCGUGUGUUGUGUGAAAAAAAAUAUACUUGUUUGUUUUAAACCUGCUGUCUAUUAGUGACCCCUAAUUCUUGUAUUAUGAGAAGGAGUCAAUACCACUUUACUCCUCACCAGCCGUGAUUUUAUAUAGAGCUCUAUCAUAUCCCCCCACUUAGUCAUCUCUUUUCCAAGCUGAAAAAUGACCCAUAUGAUAGUCUUUGGUAUAAUGCAGUGGAGAUGGUUAGAUAUAUUUUUACAGACUUCUAAAUAAGUUAUACACUUUAAGAAAAAUAGUAGUACCCUAUAGCAAAAUAGGUAGAGACUCUUAGGAAAGCACAUUUAAAAUUUGAUCUUUCCCCAGCAAAUUUUUCUCCUGAUAAGAGUAACAGCUGAAAACUGAUGAGUGACUGGAUUUUAGCUAGAGUAUCAUUCCAACAACUGCUCUAACCUGUUUUCUUGCUUUUACCCUAAUCUUAAGUGGCAAUACCAUUUCUUUAUGAUAUGACUCUAGAGUGAGAUAUACACUAUAGUGAAGUUUAUUUCUUAGGAAAUGCACUGAAUACUGUAUUUCUUCUGCAAUGUAAUAUGGGGAGGGGGAAUGCAAGAGAAAAGUGUAUUUUUGCUAGUAGCCUUUCUUCAACAAAGCACAAAUAUUAAAAUGGAUUCAGCUAAUCAAGAAAUUUAGGGUUAGUAUUUAAAUUUUUGAUGUAGAUUCUGUGUGGAAGCAACUAAAACUCUAUGAUUCAUGUCUGAGUUAUAAGCAGACAUUGCUGCAGAGCUGUGUCACUGGCUGAGGGGGUUAUAAUGAAGUGCAAAAUGUAUACACUAGUAUUCAUUAACAUUUGUAAAUUUGUAAAGCCAAAUGUACCAAGCGGAAGUCUUUAAUCAUUUUUAUAGCUGACAGCAUUAAACGUGUUAAACGUUCAUACUAUCAAUAAAGUAUUUUAUUUUUAAGAUCUGA